UCCCGUUCUGCGAAACCCUAACCCACCGUCAAAUGGAAAAGAAGCAACAACAUCCCAAAGCCGAUCAACGCCCCGUCUCCAAGAAAAAGCGAUGCGUCGGUUUUUCCUGCAUCGAAAAAAAGAGGGGGCAGGGGGAUAAUCUUCAAGUUCUUGCUCUGGGAAUCAAAAUAGGAUUUUCCACUCCGGUAUUGAAGUUAGGUAAAUACAAAGAGGUUGUUGUGGAUAUUCAUUCUCUCUUCGCUGACGUACAAUCUCUUUCCACUACUCUCUAUAGGAAGGUGAAAGAGUGUGAGAACUUAUCUGUCAGAUCCACUGAGCAAGUUGCUGAAAUAAACAAGUUGCAAGCUAUGGUACAAGAUUUAAAGGACAGUGAUGUGGAGUUGAAGUUGAAGUUGAUAUGGGAUAUUUAUAGGCAUGAAUUUACUGAUUUAAGUUCCAGAUGGUUAUAAUUAUUUUAUCGGUGACUGAAGAGAUGUUUGGAAAGCUAGAGAUUCAGAAUAUAAAGCACAGGCUCGUCUUCAUAGUUUGAAAUCUUGUAUUGAUGAGUAAAAUUUGGAGUUACGUGUUAAGACAGCCAAUAAAGCUGAAGCGAUUAUCAUUUGAAGAAAUUCUCAUUAGCCAGAUAUAAAUGUACUGGAAGUAGUAUGUCUAGUAUUGAUGCAGUUGGUUGCUUUAUUUAUAUUAUCAUCUAGAUUUUAUCUAUCAAACAACGGGCUUAUGAGAAGGGUGUGAAAAAUGUCAAUUAUAUU